CAAACGCUGCGGCGAUAGCAACCAUGGCCACGCCUCCUCCGCCGCCGAAACUCCAGUGCGGCCGCUCGCUGCUGGAUCUACCCGACGAGCUCAUCCCUGAGAUCCUCCUCCGCCUCCCGCCGCACGACCCUAGGCGCCUCGUUCGCUGCUCGGCCGUCUGCAAGCCCUGGCGCCGCCUCCUCACCGACCCCGCCUUCCUUCGCCGCUACCGCGCGUUCCACGGGGUGCCUCCCAUGCUGGGCCUCAUCUUCUACCUGGAACUCCCCCGCAGUCGUUUCCUCGCGCGGUUCGUCCGCACCACCUCCUUCCGCCCUCGCACCCUCGACCACGCCGGCUGCUACGUGCGCGACGCCCGCCACGGCCGCGUCCUCUUCAGCAACGCCACCAGCGAGGAGAAUGAGGAUGAGCUCUUCGUAUGGAGCCCCGUCACGGGUGAGCGGUGGGGGCUGGACAUGCCGUCCCCGUUCGACUGUUGGAGCGUGGCGGUGCUCUGCGCUGCGGCCGCGCGCGAAGGGGGCUGCGACUGCGACCACCUCGACUGCCACGGCGGGCCCUUCCUCGUCACAUUCGUGGACACCGACGACGAUGGGAGGACGUACGCCCGCGUCUACUCCUCGGAGACCGGAGCCUGGAGCGACGCGACCUACGCUCAACACCCCAAUAACCUCGCCAUGGACAUGAAGGAUCCCAGCGCGCUUGUGGGAAAUAGGAUCUACUUCCCCGCUGCAGGGAGCAAGACCAUCGUGGAGUACGACUUGGGUCGCCGGAAACUCGCAUUUGUCGACCCGCCGUUAGCGCACCAAGGUCACGGUAUCCUCAUGCCGGCAAUGGGCGGUGGCCUGGGGUUCGCCAGCGUGCGGGGGUCCCGCCUCUACCUGUGGUCGAGAGAGACCGGUUCCGCCAGAACUGCGGCGGCAUGGACGCCGAGCAGGGUCUUGGAACUCAACACACUGCCCAAUCGCAGGACUCGUGUCCCCUUGAACCAACCAACUGCGCUUGGCUUCACGGAGAUCUUGAUGGAGGAAUAUGUGACUGUGGUUGGCUUUGCGGAGGGCCUCGGCGUCAUCUUCGUCAGGACAAGUGCUGGCGUCUUCGCGAUUAACCUGGAGUCUGGCCAAGUCAAGAAGAUGUCCAGCAGAAGGCCCGGCGUUGUCAUUCCUUACAUGAGCUUCUAUACUCCAGAUCAUGCUACGGGCUUACCACCAGUUCCAUGAUGACAACACUGGGAUCCAUUCAUUCCAUGAUGGUGAACCUUCUGUUGGUGCAUUGGCUUAUGGCAGACAUGACGCUUCAAGUGCUUUGUUUUUAGCUGAGCAUAAGCAAUCAAAGAGUGAUCAUGGUCAAUUAGUUGUCUCCAUUCCUGUUGAAUCCGAAGGAUCGUUGUUCCCAAAAAAAUAAAUAUUAGGAUCGUGGACUGAAAUCUGUGUCAGGUUAACAUUCCGGUUUUAAAAUUCUUUGGAUAUGCUUGGUAAGGGAACUUGUGGAACUGAUAGAUGAAUCCACCCUUUUUCGUGCAGUGAACAUCUGCCGUUUGCUAUACAAUCAUGAAUGAUGCUAUGCGACUGUA